UGAGGAGGAGCAGAAGAAGAAAGAGGAGGAGGAGAAAGCAGAAACUCGCCUCCAGCUGGAGUGAAGCGCAGUGUGUGUGGACUCUGACACUCAGUCGGCAAAGCAGCGUGUGUUUUGUUUUCAGCCUCACUGAGUCAAACUCUGAGAUUCCUCUCGGCUCCGAGUUGAGAACUUUCCCCUUCAGUGUGGGAGCUGAGUGAGCGGCUCCUGUGAUGAACUGACCCCCCGCGGUGAGGAGAUGGCCGGGGCGCUGUAAGGAGCGCUGUGGGGUUGGUUAGUGGUAAAUGUGUGGGAACUCGGUGGAAUGAGGCGAGUCGGUUCACCGCCACUUGACUCGGAGUCGGUUCGGCGGUUCGUCUCUGUGCGCUUUGGGUUUUGAGUGCGCGUGUUGGGUUUUUCUCCGCCUGGUUUUGGGAUGUUGGCUCGGUUCGGGUCUCCGGGUUCAGUCGGGCUCUUUCUGUUCCUCUGGGCUUCGGUGCUCAGUGCGGGUUUGUGCUCGGAGCUGAAAGUGCGGGUCCGACUCCCUGAUGGGCGGAUCAGUGAGGAGCUGCUGGAGGCGGACAGUGAGCGGGACUCGAUCAGUGUGGAGUACCGGCAGGCGGACGGGGCGCUCAUCACCUUCACCGCAGACUUUAAACAGGAUGUGAAGAUCUUCCGGGCGUUGAUUCUGGGAGAGUUGGAGAGAGGGCAGAGCCAGUACCAGGCACUGUGCUUCAUCACACGCCUCAACCACAAUGAGAUCAUCUCCAGCGAGUCCAUGGCCAGACUCCGGCAGAAAAACCCCCACACGGUGAGGAUGGCGGAGGAGAAGAGGCCGACGGAGACGCUCAGCAUGAACGUGGCGGUGAACGUGACGUUGGCAUGGCAGCUGAGUGCCCUCAUCUACAACAUGUGCAGUGUGGCGCGUGACGGCGUGUACACGCGUGAGGCAGACAUGCGCCACUGGCUGGACACGGGUAUGGACGGCACCCUGUUCGAGACCCUUCCGCGGGCUGCGGAGGUUCCUGGGCUGCAGAGCUGCCGCUCGGUGAAGGAUCUUUGGCAGUCUUGCUCCUGCAGCUACAGCGUGAGGCUCGAGUGGUACCCGUGUCUGCUCAAGUUCUGCCGCAACAAGGACUCCUCAGGCCACAGCGCGCCAUACAAAUGCGGCAUCAAGAGCUGCAGCAAAGGCUACAACUUUACGUAUUACACGCCUCAUAAACAGCUCUGUCUGUGGGAGGAGGAGACUUAGCAACGUAUGAUCGGCUUCUUUCGUUUGAGCCCUGAGCCAUACGAGUUUGACUAUGUCGCACGUGCUGUCAGGCAUGGACGAUCUCACAGAGUCGAGCACCCGGGGCUCAAGAUAAGACGAGGAACGGCUUCCUUGCAGCAGGCCACAGCGAUGAUUGAUUUGCUUGAUUGAUUGAUUGAUUGAUUGAUUGAUUGAUUUAAAAAUAUAUAUAUAUAUUUUCACGAUGAUUAGUGCAGGUGGGAUGAGUGUCUACAGAACCGGCAGAUGUGCAACUGUGAAUCAGUCGAUAGUCUAACAAGCUAUAAUCUGUUGAUUUACCUUCCAAAUGUUCAUUCAGGUUUGCAAGCUAUUUUCUCAUCACCACGUGUUCUAAUUUAUUGUUUGCUGUUGGAAAUGAUCGAAAAAGUCUAAUGCACAUGUUCAGGAAGAUGAGAAACGUGUUUCUCACAGGGGGUUUUUUGGUGUAUUUUGUUGCCCUGAAGUAUCAUAAUCAGUUUAAGGGUGUUUAUGGAGGACUGGGAUGAGAUUUCCUGUGAUAUUUCAGCAGUAUGAAAUGCUGACUGUCUUGUCAGGCUGUAACAGUUUGUUUCACUGUGAUUUAAGGUUAGCAUCGAGGAAAAAUCCACCCGAAACAAGUUGCCUAUUAAGCUUCAUCAUUAACACGCAACCAUGUGAAUUUCUAGUUUUGGUUUCCCAAAAGCCUCUUAAAGGAGAACUGAAGUCAUUUUUAAACUUGCUUUAUUUCUUAAGUGGUGUUCAGUAACGUUUUCGGUUUUAGUAACCUUAUAUCGUGACUCGUUUCGGCAACUAAUUGUAAUUAAAUAUUAUACUUAUCGGCCUGGGGCAGCACGGUGGUGUAGUGGUUAGUGCUGUCGCCUCACAGUAAGAAGGUCCGGGUUCAAGCCCCGUGGCCGGCGAGGGCCUUUCUGUGCGGAGUUUGCAUGUUCUCCCCGUGUCCGCGUGGGUUUCCUCCGGGUGCUCCGGUUUCCCCCAC